UUAGUUUCUGUUAGCAGUGCAUUUCGAAAACAAGAGUGCAGAUAUAAUAAUGGAGAGCAAGUUUUCCCAUGAUAUUGAACCAGUUGCUCAGGAUUGUGAAAAUAAUGAACAAGUUGGGUCUCGAGACAGAAGGGAUAUUGAAAAUCAACUUCCCGACUCUGUACUAAUUCUUAAUGGAAUGAAAGUGAAUUAUGAAAAUGUGUGUGAAAUUCUUUGGCGGGCUGCUGUGGAAGAUAAUUGGAGGCUUGCUGAACAAAUUUUAAAGAAGGAUCCAAGCUUUGUUCGUCAAACGAUAUCGGACCAACUUGGAACAAUACUUCACAUUGCAGCAACAACAAAAAGCACCAGAUUUGUGCGAGAGCUAAUGAAACUGAUUGAAGUAAGUGAGUUGGAAGUGAAAAAUAAAUACAGGAAUACAGCUUUUUCUCUUGCAGCAGGGUCAGGGUUCAUUGAAAUUGUUAAAGCAAUGAGGGGAAGAAAUGAGAAUCUACCGAACAUCCGUGGUUACCAGGAAAGAUUACCAAUCACUACGGCAGCUAUGAAUGGGUAUAAAGCUAUGGUAUCAUACCUUUUUGAGGUCACAAGUUUUGAUCUGAUACAGCAACAAGAACGCUUAGACCUUCUUCGGAUCACUACCCAGAAUGAGAUGUAUGAUGUAGCAUUAAAUAUACUUAAGAAGGACAGAAAAUUAGCCAGUAAAACGUUACAAGAAAAAACUAGUGUCUUACUCAUUCUAUCUGGAAAGUCCUUAGUGAUCAGUAACCGCGAAGAAAAUUUGAAGAGAUUCAUUGAAGGAGGUUAUUCUCCGGUUUGGAGAAAGUUUAUUAGCUUGAUUUUCAUGGCCAGGAGUCAAUUCAUUACAUUGCUAUUGCUUCAAACUUCGGGGGUACUCCCAGAAAGAUAUGUACCGGAGAAACAAGCAGGUCUACUACUUGAGGAGGUAUUGGCGGAGUGUAAAAGAAGUGCAAAGGAUAAGCUAUCGGACGUACUGAUAAAUGAAGGCUUGAUCCGUUGGGCUGCAAUAGCAGGAGAUGUAGAGUUUUUAGUUCUGGUUAUUCACAGUUAUCCUGAUCUUAUAGACUACAUUGACCAAAAAGGCCGGACCAUUUUCCAUGUUGCGGUUUUACUUCGAAAGGAAAAAAUCCUCAGUCUUAUACAUCAAAUAGAAGGAAUGAAAAACUUUCUUCUUCCAAGAUAUGAUAUCGAUGGAAAUAACAUUAUACAUUUGGCUGGGAGGUUAGGGGUCACAAAUUAUUUUGAUAAGGACAAGAUUAUGCCGCCAUCGUUUCUUGUUGGAUUUCAUAGCUGUCAUAGCCACAAGAAUGACUAUUGUAAUGAAUAGAGAAAGUUGAUUAUUGGUGAAAACGAUAUUUGGGCUUUGGGACUCAUUUGGACUUCUACCACCAGCUAAACUUUGGGCCUAAACGUUUUGGGCUUAAGCAUACACUCAGAUCCAAUAAACAAAUCUGUACAUAUCAUUAGGCCUUGCAACGUUUCUUUUACUUCUUGUAUUUAUUUUGUUUGUUAGAAAUAGGUCAAUUAGAAAUAGACACCUGUCUAGUUUGUUAGUAGAAAGAUUCUUCAACACCUGUAUAAAUACAGCACCAAUUGUAUAGUUUGAUCAUCAAGAAAUACAGAGAAGGAAAUUUUCUAUUUA